AUGGAGGAAAUGAAAGAGAACAUGAGGAGGACAAAUCCUAUAGAAGAUUUGGUCCACAGAACUGACUCUCCCUUUACGGCUUCCAUCAACGGUCAUCCUCUACCAUCAAAAUUCAAACUACCUUCCCUGGAUUCGUACGAUGGAACGCGUGACCCAUUUGACCAUAUUGCUACUUUCAAGACAACUAUGCACCUUCAAGUGGUCCCUGAUGAAAUCAUGUGUAGAGCCUUCCCUACCACCCUUAAAGGCCUGGCGCGAUUUUGGUUCAGCAAAAUACCUCCAAGUUCUGUAGGUUCUUUCAAAGAGUUAAGCAAAUUGUUUGUUAACAACUUCAUUGGGGGACAAAGACACAAGUGUUCUUCGUCCAGCUUGCUGACCAUAGAGCAAGGGGAGAACGAAAGCCUGCGGUCAUUCAUCACUCGCUUCAACAAAGAAGCCCUUAGUGCGGAUGGGGUAGACGACAAGCUUCUAUUGGCUGCCUUCCACAACGGGAUUAAUUCUGAUUUAUUUAUCCACAAGUUAUAUGAGAAGGAGCUUCAAACCAUGGCUGAGCUUGUCCAUUCGGCUCAGAACUUCAUGAAUGCAGAAGAUGCGAUCAUAGCCAAAAAGAGGAAAAGAGCUGAAAGGAUGGAAGCGCACCCAGCACGCCACUCAGAACAAGGCCCUCGUCCAAAGAAGGGACGGACGGAAGAUAAGAAGGAACGAUAUAAUAGGAAGACGGGUCCUUUGGGAAGAAGCCAGAACUAUACGCCCCUAAAUGCUCCACUUGAUCAGGUACUCAUGCAAAUCAAAGACGACACUUCCCUAAAAUGGCUAGAGAAGAUGAAGGGAGAUCCCAAUAAGCACAAUAAGAGUAAAUAUUGUCACUUCCACAGGGACCAUGGGCAUGACACGGAUGAAUGUUAUGACCUGAAACAGCAGAUUGAGAAUCUUAUUAGACAAGGAAAGCUGAGACACUUCGUUGGAAGGGAUCAUAGAGAUGAGAAGUUGAAAGGAAAAAUGGAGGAAUCGUCCCAGCCCCCACUAGGAGAGAUAAGGAUUAUUGUUGGAGGAAACUCGAUGAGGCAAUCUUCCAGGUCGAAGAAGACGUAUCUCAAAGUGGUGCAAAACGUCCAGCUCUUUAGACGAUCAACAAGGAUGAGAUUAAUGGACAAGCCGGCCAUUUCCUUCACCGACGAAGAUGCUGAGAGGAUCCAUCACCCGCAUGAUGAUGCGAUUGUCAUUACUCUGCUUAUUGCAAACUAUACAACCAGAAGAGUGUUAGUUGACAAUGGAAGUUCAGCAGACAUAUUGUACUACCCUGCCUUCCAACAGAUGAGACUUAGGCAGGAUCAACUUCGUCCAGUUUGCUCACCAUUGAUAGGGUUCGGAGGAAUGAAGGUGCAGCUCGUAGGCACCAUUACAUUACCAGUAGUGGUAGGGUCAUACCCGCAGUAG